UUCUCCUUCUCAUUCACUCAUUCUCUUCUGUACUCUGGUAGUGUACUGAUAACAAGACGGGGGAGAGAGGGAGAAUGGAGAAAGCUCUGACCAAAGUGAGCAGCUUAAAGAUUGGGAGCUCAUGGAUCUCCAAGAAAGCCAAGGAAGAGUUGUCUAACAUCAGCGACGACAUCACUACUUUCUCAAGUACUGUUGAGCAGAAGGCAAAAUGGAUUUUUGACAAGCUAAAAGGAAAGCCACUGAAGAGCUUACCAGAACUCCUUCGAGAGUACAACUUGCCACCAGGGCUUUUUCCGGCAAACAUAACCUGUUAUGAAUUCACCGAGACAAACGCCAAGCUGAUUGUGUAUUUGCCGGCUCCAUCUGAAGUUACCUUCAAGGAUUCAUCUGCUAUAAGGUAUGCAACACGGGUAAAGGCAAAUCUGUUGAGGGGAAGGCUCACAGGGAUAGAGGGAAUGAAGACUAAGGUUGUUGUAUGGGUUAAGGUUACUUGUGUAGCAAUGGAGAGUACCAAGUCUGACAAGAUCUGGUUUACUGCGGGCGUUAAGAAGUCACGAUCCAAGGAUGUCUACAUCACGCCCCGAGAUGCUAUUAGAGUACAGGAGUUUUGAAUUUGGGGUAUAUUGAGCAUCACCAUUCAUACUGUCAUCAGUGGGGAGAUGACCUGAAUUCUUGAUAGUAUUUUGUUCAGUGGGCAUUUAUUUGACUGCUUCUUUUGACAAUGUCAUGUGCAGCAUGUUGUUAAUUGGUCAUCGGAAAUCUACGUUUUUCUUUGGCUGUUGAACAAAUAUCACUUUUGGGAUGUAUAAUGCAAUUGCUUCAUUUGGGCUUGA